CUCAAAUUCCAAAUCGAAGCUUCUCUCUCUUUUCCUCCCUUUCCUUUUCCCUUUCCGCUUCCCAAUUCCUCCUCUUCUCGCGAUCACUUCGAAUUCUAUCGCCAAUCGAAGCUCCUCGUCUUGCGAAGAUGCCUUCGUGGUGGAAGGGGAAGCACAAAUCCAAGUCGAAGUCCGUUCCGAGCCCUCGAACGGAGCCGGAGACGCCGCGGACGCCGCCGGCGAUGCUCGAAGAUACGUUUUUAGACGCGAGGCACGAGAAUAAGGAGAAAGCUAAUAGCUUUGACGACUGUAUCGUCUCUAGAAGGAGUUCGGAACAUCCAAUUGUCGGCGGCGGUGGCAGGCGAGGUGGUGGAGUGGGGUCGGGAUUCAUGUUGGGUCACCCGCUACCGCUUCCAUCCAUGAUCCCUUCACAGAGCAUAUCGAUGGGAUCGGCCUUGGCGUCAGCCUCGGCCUCGGCCCCAGCGUCGGCAUCGGCGUCUGCUUCAAUUUCCAGUGUUAGUUCCUCCGGGUCGUCGGAUGAGACGCCGGAUCUUGCGUCCUCCAGGUAUUCUGACCCGAUCAUGGGAGGCAAACGUGGAGUAUAUGAUUUGCAAAGGCAUGAGCAUGUGGCUGAAAGCAGGGAACUUUUCUUAUUCACACCAGUCAUGGAGCAUCCAAAUGGCGAAAAUGCUUAUUCUCAUAGCCAAACUUCUCCAGAGACAAUAUUUAGUAGAAGAACUGCAAAUCCUUCCCCUGGUCUGAGUGGAAACCAUUUUUCAACUUCACCUAUACAUCCCAGUUCGUUUGGUACAUCCCCGACCUGCUGGCAAAAUCAUUUACCCAGCCCACCUCAUCCGCUACCUCUUCCUCCAAAUUCUCCAAGCUGCUCUUCACAUUCUCCAUCUUCUUCUUCUUCACGCUCUCCUAAGACACAGUGGAAGAAAGGAAAAUUACUCGGCAGGGGUACCUUUGGCCAUGUAUAUCUUGGAUUCAACAGUGAAAGUGGACAGAUGUGUGCCAUUAAAGAGGUCAAAAACAUUUCUGAUGAUGCAAAUUCCAGAGAAUCUCUCAAACAGCUAAACCAGGAAAUAACUUUGCUUAGCCAACUCUCACAUCCCAACAUUGUGGAGUACUAUGGCAGUGAGCUGAUGGAAGACUCCUUAUCUGUUUUUCUUGAGUAUGUUUCUGGGGGUUCUAUCCACAAGAUACUUCAAGAAUAUGGUGCUUUUGGGGAAGCAUUAAUACGUAGCUACACUGCACAAAUACUUUCUGGACUUGUUUACUUACAUGGGAGGAAUACUGUACACAGAGAUAUCAAAGGAGCAAACAUACUGGUAGAUCCUAAUGGUGUAGUCAAACUGGCUGAUUUUGGCAUGGCCAAACAUAUGAAUGCAUAUACUUCAAUACAGUCAUUCAAAGGAAGCCCUUACUGGAUGGCUCCUGAGGUUGUCAUGAAUAGUAGUGGCUAUGACCUCACCGUGGAUAUAUGGAGCCUGGGUUGUACAAUUAUUGAGAUGGCAACUUCCAAGCCCCCAUGGAGCCAGUUCGAAGGGGUUGCUGCAAUAUUUAAAAUUGGUAAUAGCAAAGAUUUACCAGAAAUCCCAGGCAACUUUUCUCCUGAAGGAAAGGAUUUUUUAAAGCUAUGCUUACAGCGUGAUCCAUCUGCACGUCCCUCGGCUUCUCAGCUGAUACUUCACCCUUUUGUUCGAGACCAAGGGACAACCAAGAUUAUGAAGACGAAUAUGGUCAAUGAUGUGUCCCAUUCUGUGCCUAAUGCAAAUCAAGGCACUGUGGAUUUUUAUUCAAAAAGAAGUACUUCUCCAAUACAGGACAGACAUUAUAGUACAAGAUACCAAUUCGGGUUGCACUCGACAUUUCCUCAACUGUCCAAGAACUUGAGGGAUUUGCCUAACAUGAGAACAAACAUGUCAUUACCUGUCUCCCCUUGCUCCAGUCCAUUAAGGCAAUUCAAACAGUCUAAUAGAAGUUUCUUACCUUCUCCUCCCCAUCCAGCAGCCAACUACAGCCCAGUGAACCCCUUGCUCUAUCGAACGAAGCCAAACUAUAAUCCUUAAGAUCCUUGGCUCGACAUUUACCCCCCUGUUCAAGGCCCCAAUGCCCCACGGUUCGCCUAGAUGAUCGAACAUGGGUUUGUAAAUACUGAAGCUGCUAGGUUCAAUGAGGACUUCAGGUUUUGGAUGGAUUAGAAACUUGUUUCAUUCCCUGUUCAUCCAUUCUAUGUUGAUCAGAUUGCUGAUUAGGCAGUGCCAAGGGAGGAGAUCUUCCAUUGUAGUCUUGUAACUGGAGUGCUAAGUUUUGUGCCUAGUCUUCAAUUGUGUGCAUAGCACAUGUAGCGGUCGCACUAUUAGAGGUCACCACAUUGUAUAGAGCAAAGUUGUGUUCAUAGCUUGUAACUAAUGUUAUUGGAGAAAAAAAAUGGAAAAAAAAAGAAUAGAAACAAAGUUGUGGUCAUAUUUUUUUUUUCAUAA